CUUCAGUCGUGACUUGCAAUUGGCUCACCUUUUAUUAUUCUGAAACAACGUCCAGUGCCAAGUAUCGACUGCUGGCCGACAAGUGUUCGUCAUGCCUUUUUUUGGAUUUCUGAGCAAAAAGAAAGAUGCCAACGAGGAUUCAGGAGUCAUCGUUGGCGUCGGUUUCAAAGCGACAGCAGCCAACGAAACUGCGAUGAAAUCAGCUAUGAAACAUCCUGCCAAUGAAAACAAGUCCAAGAAUAAAAACAAGGAGAACAAACACGAAGAGAAAAGUGAGCCGCUGCAGACAGUUUCGACAGGCAAUCGGCGUCAUGAAACAAGUCCUUAUCUUCCUCCGACCAAUUACGAGUUUAAUAUCUCGGCUCCAGCUACGGAAUCCUCCCAAACAAUUAACCGCAAUAACACGUACGGCAACAAUCAAGUCGUCGUUGCAAACACGACGGACAAAAAACAGAGUAAACUCGACUUGGAAAUUUUUGGGACGACCAAACAGCCAACGUUUAGAACGGCCCUCUCAACGCCCAAUCUGCUGACGGCUGAUUUGGCGCAAGAGUCGGCACGUAAGCCGAUAUCAUCUGACGAUAGGCCAACCUUGAGAAAUGGAACUCUAAUCCAUUAUAAUGGCUCAACCAGUUAUGAAGAGUACUUGCGACAGGCGAAAGAAAUGUUCGAACACAGAUGGCGAUAUCCACCGGACCAAGACGGAAUAGAUUUGUACGACUUUUUCCGGGCGCGGACGUUAGCCUCUGGCAAUUUCGGGCGCGUUAUACUUGUCCAGAACAAGUUAAACAAGCAAUUUUACGCCAUGAAAGUUCUCGAGAAGCAAAAGGUCGUGAAAAAGAAACAGGUGGAGCACACGUUGGACGAGAAAAAAGUAUUGACUGCCAUUAGUUUCCCGUUCAUUGUUAAAUUGGAAUUCUAUUUCAAGGACAAUUCUAAUUUAUAUAUGGUUCUCGAAUACGUACCUGGAGGCGACAUGUUUACCCAUUUGCGUAAACUUGGAAGAUUCAAAGAGCCUCACGCCCGAUUCUAUGCCACUCAGAUCGUUUUGGCUUUUGAAUAUCUGCAUCAUCUAGGGCUGAUAUACCGCGAUUUGAAACCGGAAAACAUUAUGAUAGACACAGCUGGAUAUGCUAAAGUUACAGAUUUUGGUUUCACCAAGAGAAUUGCGGAUAGACGGACGUGGACGAUGUGUGGAACGCCGGAAUACUUGGCUCCCGAAAUCAUUCUCGUUAAAGGCUAUAAUGGAGCCGUCGAUUGGUGGGCUCUGGGAGUCUUGAUUUUCGAAAUGGUGGCUGGACAAGCGCCCUUUAUAGCCGAUCAACCCAUUCAGCUCUACGAGAAAAUCGUGGCCGGCAAGAUCCAAUAUCCGAAAAUAUUUAGCUCAGAAGUGAAGGAUCUCGUCCGCGGUUUACUACAAGCCGAUCUGACCAAACGACUGGGUAACCUGAAAAAUGGCGUUGGUGACAUUAAAAACCAUCGCUGGUUUCAGACGACCGAUUGGCUCGCCAUCUAUCAAAAAAGAGUUCCUGCACCAUUGAUCCCGAAAGUGAAGGGAGCCGGUGAUACGAGACAUUUCCAGCCUAGCGAAGAAGAUCGAGAUCUGUUCAAAGGGAGACCCGAUAAUUUGCACGAAGAGACGUUCAGAGAUUUUUAAAAAUUGUUUUUCUUGUUGGCUGUGUUUUUUUCCCUUUUCGUUUGAGCAACAGUUAUUAUUUUAAUUUCGUGUACCUAUUACUGGUUUUUGAAUUCAUCAAUUUCAUAGCUGUUCUGUUGCCAUGACAAUUCAUCUCACCCAAUCUCUGCUUAUCAGUUGUUCGUGACAAUACAUCCCUACAGGUUGUGUUAUGAAAA